AGAGGCAGUGGCCGGCCAAGGGGCCUCUCCAGGGCUUUCCAGUGCAGCGGCUCUCGGGCUGUGGCCUGCGGGACAGCGGGCGUGAGGUCAGCUCCUCCCAAGCCAGACCUGUGCUGCCUGGCUGUCUGGCCGUGGCUCCCGGACAGCAGGCGGGAUGGACCAGCACACGGUGACCGUGAAUGGGCUGCAGGUGGCCUCGACGCUGGCCCAGCCGACCCACAUCAACAUCCACAUCCACCAGGAGUCGGCGCUGGAGCAGCUGCUGGAGGCGGGGAGCUCCCUCAGGGAAUACUUCUCUCGCCCGCGGGACCGCGGCCCCACCGAGGCCCGGGUCCGCUCCAUGCAGCUGGCCCUGGGGGUAAGAGGGGCCGGGAACGCUGGUGGGGACGCGCCUCCCGAGGAAGCGCCCCCAACCCUCAGGACUCCCACCUCAAACCCCUACUUGUUUGGAAAGAAGGCUCCUUCCGUGAGGCGCAAAGGGGAGAGUGGACGUGGCAGGUGUCCCAGAGGCUUAGGGCCACCGGUUAUGAGGGCUCCUGGCAGCUGUGUGUGUGUGGGGCGCUCAGAGGACACCUCACCUAGGUUUUCUCAGCAAGUGUCAGACGCCAGCAGGGUGACGCCAUCCGCAGGCUGGACGGGCUGGACAUCCAGGAUGGUCUGUGAGCGGCUGGAGAGGGGCUCGGCUCUCUGCCAGAGUCCACAGGCUUCCCAGACCUGGGUCCCCGGGGAGCACCCCACUGUGUGCAUUUCAAGAAGCUGCAGGCUGGGAAGGGCUCCCCUGGCCCCUGGCAUUGCUGAGAUUUCGCGUCAAAGCCAUCUGGGGCCUGGCAGAUGCCAGGGGUGGAGGAAGAGACCCCACCUUUCCACAGGGGUGAGGCCUCCCUGCAGACAAGACAAUGGGGGGGACGCUGUGUUCCCCGGAGCUGGUGCAGGCAGCCACACAGAGCCUGGCCGUGCUGGGAGCGGUGGUGAGAGCUGUCCCGCUGCGGCCCUGACCGCCCGCUUCUCUGUCCAGAACAUGUUCCUGGCCCUGCGCGUCCUGCUCCUGGUCGUGUCUCUCCUGCAGGGCAUGGUCUCCUUGGCGGCCCUGGGAGUGCGCUUUCAGAGUGCCUGCAGCCAGAGCCCCCUGGCCCUGGAUGAGGAAGAGGCAGAGAAGAAGCUCCUUGCGGAGAAUUCAGUGCCUCCCUCCCCCUCCAAGGAGAAGGUCCCGGUGACGGUGGCGCUGUGAUGGGCAGAGACCCGCCUGCGCCGCCCUGCAUGUCGGGUGCAGUCCAGGGGAGGCCCUGGCCACACGUCCCGCAUGGCAGGGCCCGGGGAGGACUGGACGCCCUCUUGAGCCUUGCACGCCGUGACGCCCCCUGGCCGCUGUGCAGACCCCUGGCCCACGGCCCACCGCCCUCACUCCGGGGCCUUGAACUCAGUGAAGCGCUGCAGCAUCAUGUCCCCUCUGAAUAAAGAGAGCCAGCUUUGCCGGA